AUGGAGGCUAGUAAAAGACUUCGUUUCGAUGUCAUCGCUCUCCAGGAAACAAAAGCAAAAGAAACAGCUACCAGGAAGACCAACGAUGGCCACCUAAUUGUUCUCGGAGCCAAACUGAGCGGAAGAAAUGUCGGUGGUGUUGGAUUCCUCGUCCACCAUCGGCUCGAGCACAUGGUCGAUUCAGUCGAAGUGAUCGGCCCGCGACUGGCCAUCCUACGUCUACGCAUCGACAAGCGCACUUUCGUUAGUAUUAUCAACUGCUAUGCACCGACGUCAACAGCUACGGACGAAGAAAAGGACGCGUUCUACAAGGAAUUAGAGGAGAUGAUAAAGCGGGAACGGUCCUACUACAAAUAUGUUGUCGGAGACUUUAACGCAGUCAUCCAUGAGGAGAUGCCAGCGACAGCGCGCAUCGGACCACACGGAACCGGGGAAACAAACGAAAACGGCGAACCAGAGCUACAGCGGAUGGUGGAGGAACUGAACAACGUCGGCAAAGCUAUUGGCCUCACGAUGAACCGGAGCAAGACCGAGGUCAUGCGCAAUGAGUGGGCAGAUGCGUCACCCAUCACACUCGAAGGCACUGCUCUACCGGAUACCGACCGUUACGUUUACCUUGGUCGACUCAUUCCAUGGACAACAAUUUGCGCGAAGAAAUUAUGA